CUACCCUGGUAGGAGCUGUUUCUCGUCUUCCAUGCCUUUCUGCCAUGCUGCCCUGCCUUGGAGCCAGACGACUAUGAACUUAAGCCUCUACAAACUCUUCCUGUCUCACAGUGGAAUCUCCUGUUCCUGCACACUAUUGCUAUUGUGAUGCCAUCCAUCCUGUGGGCCUUGCCAGGGCAAGCUGAAGACAGUGCCAUGACCUUGAAACUCCAGAUUGAAAAAAGAUGAUUCUCUAUAAUGCUUACACCAGGAGGAUAUUAUUCUACAAAUAAGGGCCCAGCAUGACAUUUAUGAGAAAGCCAGGGUCCUCCCCCACAAAGCUGAUUGGUGCUCUACCAAUAGACUCAAGAACACUGCCAAUAAAGGCACCUAUUGCUCUGGGCUGGUCAGACACAGAGCUGAGGGCUGCAUUUGCCUGUGGGACUUGGUGAAAGGCUGAACCCUAGUCCUUGCAACACACAUCUGUGAACAACAAAAAGAAACCAGACUCUGGAGAUGAAACAUCUUCCCCAACUCCCUUCCGUCUUGGCCAUGUACUGCUUUUGCAUGAUACAGAUUCGCUCCUCAGGAUUCCCUCAGCCUUUAGCUCACCCUCCAGAUGGCUUGGACAUUGUGGAGCUUAAGCAGCUGACAUACUGCUUGAAUAAGUGGGCAAUGCUUUCUAACCAACCUAAGGAUAAUCACGACAUACACAAAAGGUUUUUAUUUCACUACUCCAGAACUCAGGAGCCAACAUAUUCAGUUAAAACCAGGUUUCCUCCUGUGCACUCCUUAAUGCACCUGGCUGCCAAGCUCGCCAGCAGGAAGAUGAAGAGGUUUCCGCAGCAUCGAGAUUCAGGACCUGCUGCCGUGGACUUGAACAAGAAGGAUCCCACUGCCACCUUGGGACAGCCAUUCUUCCUUUUCAGGCCAAGAAAUGGAAGAAACACUGAAGUCCAGGACCAGCAGAGUGUCCAAGGAUCCAAUGGCAAAGGAAAGCUGGAUCCAAGGAGGCUAUGCAGUGAUUAUUUUGAGCAAAUGUCAAGUUUCUUCCUGUGAAAAAUAUUGAAAGAAAAAAAAAAGAAAAAUAUUGAAAGAUAUUUCUCUUGCUCUAUAUCCAGUAGAAUAUCUAGUUGCAUGAAAAUAAAGUAGCACUGACACAA